CUCCCGAGGCUGCUGAGCCGGCUCCGCGGCCCCCGCCCCACCCGGACGCCGGAGCCCGAGCCGAAGCCGAGCUGAGCCGGAGCCGCCGGCCGCGCCCGCGGAGCCGCGGGCUGGGAUGCGCGCCGCGAGCGCGCGUGCCCGCCCGCAGUGCGCGCUCCCCGGCCCGAGCGAGCGCUCCCCGCGGCGGCGGCGGCGGCGGCGGCGAGGGCGACGGCGACGCGGCCCGUGCGCCCCCCCGGCCCCUGCCCCGGCUGCGUGGCCCCCCGGCGGGCCCAUGGGCCGCGCAGCGGAGCGAGCGCCCUGAGUGCGGCGCGGGUCCCCGGUGCGUCCCGGCGGCGAGCGAGAACCAGGUCUGGCACCAUGCGCUAGGACGGUCUGCACCCUCCUCGCUUCAGGGUCACCCUCCCGACCGCACGCUGCCCCACCAUGGCUGGGGACCGGCUCCCAAGAAAGGUGAUGGAUGCCAAGAAGCUGGCCAGCCUGCUGCGGGGUGGGCCCGGGGGUCCUCUGGUCAUUGACAGCCGCUCCUUCGUGGAGUACAACAGCUGGCACGUGCUGAGCUCUGUCAACAUCUGCUGCUCCAAGCUGGUGAAGCGGCGGCUGCAGCAAGGCAAAGUGACCAUCGCCGAGCUCAUCCAGCCUGCCGCGCGCGUUCAGGUGGAGGCCACAGAACCGCAGGACGUGGUGGUCUAUGACCAGAGCACACGGGACGCCAGUGUGCUGGCAGCAGACAGUUUCCUGUCCAUCCUGCUCAGCAAGCUAGACGGCUGCUUCGACAGUGUGGCCAUCCUCACAGGCGGCUUUGCCACCUUCUCCUCCUGCUUCCCUGGCCUCUGCGAGGGCAAGCCGGCUGCUCUGCUGCCCAUGAGCCUCUCCCAGCCCUGCCUGCCUGUACCCAGUGUGGGCCUGACACGCAUCCUGCCUCACCUCUACCUGGGCUCUCAGAAAGAUGUCCUGAACAAGGAUCUGAUGACCCAAAACGGAAUAAGCUAUGUCCUCAACGCCAGCAACUCCUGCCCCAAGCCGGACUUCAUCUGCGAGAGCCACUUCAUGCGCAUUCCCAUCAAUGACAACUACUGCGAGAAGCUGCUGCCCUGGCUGGACAAGUCCAUCGAGUUCAUCGAUAAAGCCAAGCUGUCCAGCUGCCAAGUCAUUGUCCACUGUCUGGCUGGCAUCUCCCGCUCUGCCACCAUCGCCAUCGCCUACAUCAUGAAGACCAUGGGCAUGUCCUCUGAUGAUGCCUACAGAUUUGUAAAGGACCGGCGCCCGUCCAUCUCGCCCAACUUCAACUUCCUGGGCCAGCUGCUGGAGUAUGAGCGGAGCCUGAAGCUACUGGCUGCCCUGCAGGGUGAUGUGCCCCACCCCGGGACCCCUGAACCCCUCCCAGGCCCCGCCGCAGGGGUCCCUCUACCCCGGCUGCCUCCACCUACCUCAGAGAGCGCUGCCACCGGGAAGGCAGCCACCGCUGCAGCCAGGGAGAGCAGCCCAAGCCCUGGCGGGGAGGCCCCGGUGCCCACGGCUCCGGCUACCAGUGCACUGCAGCAAGGCCUCCACGGUCUGCACCUCUCCUCGGACCGCCUGCAAGACACCAACCGCCUCAAGCGCUCCUUCUCACUGGACAUCAAGUCGGCCUAUGCCCCCAGCCGGCGGCCAGAGUGCCCAGGCCCGCCUGACCCUGGCGAGGCCCCUAAGCUCUGUAAGCUGGACAGCCCAUCUGGGGGUACGCUGGGCCUCCCCUCGCCCAGCCCGGACAGCCCGGAUGCAGCACCAGAGACGCGUCUACGUCCCCGUCGGCGGCCCCGGCCUCCCGCCGGCUCUCCUGCACGCUCUCCGGCGCAUGGUCUCGGCCUGAACUUCGGUGACACCGCCCGGCAAACUCCGCGGCACGGCCUCUCAGCCCUGUCGGUCCCUGGGCUGCCUGGACCAGGCCAGCCGGCUGGCGCCGGAACCUGGGCGCCUCCCCUGGAUUCCCCUGGCACCCCGUCCCCAGACGGGCCCUGGUGCUUCAGCCCCGAGGGCGCGCAGGGGGUCAGUGGCACGCGGUUUGCAGCCUUCAGCAGGGCAGGCGUGGCAGGCGUACCAGGCCCAGGCAGCGACCUGCGGCGGCGGGAGGCGGCACGGGCCGAGCCCCGGGAAGCGCGGACCGGCUGGCCCGAUGAGCCAGCCCCCGACACACAAUUCAAGCGGCGCAGCUGCCAGAUGGAGUUCGAGGAGGGUAUGGUGGAGGGGCGUGCGCGGGGCGAGGACCUGCCCGGUCUGGGCAAGCAGGCCAGCUUCUCCGGCAGCGUGGAGGUCAUCGAGGUGUCUUGACCCCUCUGGGGGUCCCGCGUGCCUCUGCUGUCCUCAGCACUCCCCGCUCGGCCGCCAGCAGCCGGGCCCAGUAUAAAUAUAUAUUAUAUAUAAUGCAAAGAAAGGUAAAUGGUUUUACUGCGAUUUUUAUCGAGAAGUAAAUAUUUCGAUUUUUUUAUUUAUUUAAGCUGUUCAUUCUGGCAAUGAUUUGGCAACAGUGCAGGGCGGGCCUCGAGCUCUAUUUUUACUGACUGGUAUUUAAACUGAAACACACGUUUCUAAGCAAUACGAGGCCACCUUCAGUUGCAAGCUGGGGUGCCAGGCUGGGGCCCCUCCCCGCCCCCUCCCCAGGAAACACUGCUGACCUUGCAAAGAGGCUGCCAGCUGUCAUGCACUUUUUAUGUAAGAAAAAGGGGAAAAAGAAAAAAAAAACUUUGCCACAAACUGAGCCGCAGAACCUCCCUUUCCUCCCCCACCCCGCCUUUCUCCCUAUCUCCCUUCUCUUCUCCCUUCUUGGGCUCUGCACCAAAGCCAUAGGUGGGGGAGGGCCCCGGGAGCUGGUGCCGCCCAGUUCAAGGUGCCAAGUCUUGGCUUGAGGGGCACCUUGCUGCUCACCUCGCCCAUGGCUGUUCCCUGGCAGGUGUUCAUGAGCACUGGGCCAGAGGGGCUAGGGUUCUCAGAGGGGCUUAGCAAAGGGGACUCCAGAGAGUCAGGUAAGGGAGCCCCCAGGGCAGAGAUGGGCUGGAAACAGCCUGCCAGGCCUGCCUGAGGCCUCAUCCUCAGAAUGGCCUCCAUUCAGAGGAGGCUGCUCCCAUCUCUUCUCCUUUGGGGGUGCCCCCUAAAGCUCCUGCCCACGGGGAAAGCACAGCGGAGACUGAUGUCAGGCAGGAGGAGCCAGGUAGCCAGUGUUGGCUCUGCUGGCCGAGCUGCGCUCUGGGCCAGGAGGGGGUGGGUGCAGGGUUGUGUUCUGGGCUCCUCCCCAACCCAGCCCAGCACCAGCCUCGCUUCACACAGGUCUUGGAAUUCAGGUGUACACACCUGCAGGCCUCCACAGACAGGCCUGCCCUGUGCGGGGCAUUCAGCACCUGCCAAACCCACCUGCUUCCAGGGCAUGCAGCCUUUAACUUUGGGAGAGCCAUCCCAAGGCAGAGGAAGGCCCUGGACAGGAGCAGAUGCUGAACAAGUUCCCCUUUUCUGCCCCUACCCCACAGGGGCCUCAGGAGAGAAACCCCCAGUAUGCCCCUUUCUAGGACACUCCCUUUAUCUUCAAGGUGACAUGCCAGCCCCAUCCCCAGGUGGCGUUUUGGCCCAGGAGGGUCAGCUUCGGGUGAGGGCAAGAGAGAAACCCCAGUCACUGCCCCAUAGCCUCUUGGGCUUUCCGGGUAGGAUACAGGUCCUUGCCCCUCAGAUGGCCUAGAGUCUAGGAUUCGGCUGUCACCUUGGGAGAGGCCAGGGGCUUGGCCAGAGGGAGACUCAGGCAGGACUGGCUCCUGCAGCAGGCCUGGGGUGCUGCAGUCUGCCGCCCCCCCCUUCAGCUGCGUCUUUCUGUUAGUUCUUUUGACCUACAACCUGUGUUCCUGUUGUCCCUCCUUUCAGCACAAGUCCUGUUCCUGCCCUCUGUCCCACCUACCCUGUCCCCCCAAAAAUAAGCUAUCAUUGUAUUUGCAAUCUACGGAUUAGAGGUUUAAGUAUUUAUUAUUAUUGGUUAAUUAUUAUUAUUAUUAUUAAUAAUUAUGUAAAUUUGCCUCCCAUCUGUCGUGUUGGGUUUCUGAGGUGAACCUGGGUGUGGAGGAUGCACUGGCUCCCCCCUCCUCACCCACCCCUCUGCUGUCCCGGAGACAGUGGUCUGGGGCCACUGGUUGGGCCCCUAAACUCUGGGGCAGGUCCCAAGGCCCCUUUCCUGCCCUCCCCAGUGUGGCUUCUGUCCUGAGUGUGGGGCUGGCAGUCUGUCUUUGCUCUCACUCUUGUGACACUGGUCUUGGCUGCCACUUCCUGUGUGCCAGGGAGACUGGGCACAAGCUCUUCCCUGGUUCCAUUCCACCUACUGUCCAAGGUAAGGAGGGGUCACCGAGUCCCGUCCAGGCCUCUUCCCCUCCCACCCGCCCACCUGGCACUGCCUGGCAUUGAGAAGGCCCAGAAUGGACCUGGCCCCUCCUAUUAUUUGCUGGAAAGUCCAGCGCAGGAGAAGUGGCCAGUCCCCCGCCCAAGGCUCCCGGUCCCUGAGGACUGGGAUGCCAGCCUGCUGCCCUUCAGACCCCUGCCCCCAUGGGCCGCACUUUCCUGUUCCCUCCUUUUGUAUUUGAAAACAAUGUGCUGUAAUAAAUCCUGAGACGGAUGUUUUCCCAGA